GCUACGUAUGUGAUCCAGUCUCGCAACUUCACCGUGAACCUGCUCGUACGUUUCCGCCGGUCGUCACUACCUGCCCGCUUGGGUGUUGAGUAGGCCAUGGUCAACAACGGUGAUUUCCCCGCUGAGAACACCCAGUCGGACUCAGCAGCGGAGGACAGGCAAGAGAAGCAAUGUCGAAUCUGUCUCGAUGGCGAGGAUCCCUUGCUCGGUCGUUUGAUUCGGCCUUGCCUGUGCAAAGGAUCUAUCACGUAUGUACAUGUCAAGUGCUUGCAGACGUGGCGCAUGUCUUCCCAAUCCGAAACUGCGUUCUUCAAGUGCCCGCAAUGUGGCUACCGAUAUAGGUUUGCCCGUACUCGAAUAGUGGGCAUGGCUAGCAAUCCCGUCAUCAUCGCAGCGGGAUCUGCUAUCUUGUUCACUGUUCUUGUCCUAUGUUCCUCGUUCAUCACCACAGCGUUCUUGUCACCAUUCGAGGACGAUAUCGAUACCCGCCAUUCUGGAACGACGUACUACUAUUCAUCCUAUGGCGGUUUCUGGACUUCUCCAUGGGACGUCGGUCGUGAUUUAAUACGCGCAUUCCUCCGGAUUCUGAGGGACGAACCAGGGAUAAUCGACAAGACAACGCUUUCGUCCGUUCGUGCCAGAAGCAGAGCGGGUUCACCUCCCGGCCUGGUUUGGCGCCUCAUCACCCGGUUCCUUCUUGGCCUACCGGUCGUGGGCGCUGUAAGCGUUGUACAGCUCCUGUUGUCAAUGCAACUGCUCGGACCUGUCCAUUGGAUAGCAAGAUAUCGAGGAAAUCGUAGACGAGGAGACAACAGGGAUGUAGCUGCUCUGAUUGUCCUUGCUCUUCUGAUCGCUGGUGCUGCUAGAGCGCUGUAUCAAGUAUAUCGAUGGACGGAAAGGUGGACGAAACGGUUAUUACUCAGAGCAGAGGAUGCCAUCCUGGAGGUUAAUACUUAGUGUCUGGGCAUCCGAAUUAGCCAUUCCGUAUUUUGUAACAUACUCUAUGCAGUCUGGCUGAUAUUGCUACCAAGCCGUUGCAUAUACCGGGACCGGCGCGGUAGUCCCAUAGCAGUCCCCCACUACUCGCUAGUAGAUCAAAUACACGUCCAUUAGUCACAGUGGACGGAUGGCUGCCAUCCUACGAGCGUCGGGGCGUAUUUGGCUGGCUCUACGCCGUCUCCCGAUUUUUAACCUAGCGUAUCGUGUCCGUAGUUGCCUCCACUUCCACCCUUCUUCGCCACGUUUAGGCCAUAUUCGACUGAUCCGUGCACGAACGAGGGCAGCACCUGUAACACAACCUCGGCCAACAUCCAAAGCGACCCCUUGCCCUCCGGUAACUUCGGUCGCAAGUUUCCACAACCGCCUUGGGUAUCCCAUCCUCUCUUCUCCGCGCAGGACCAUAUUGACGAUACCAAUGCGUUUCUCCUUGAGCGCGAGCGAAGCCACCCGACGCCAGACGCGUCGAUCUGCGAUCUCAUCGCCCCAUUUACGGAUGAAUUUGCGGGUAAGCCUCAGCGCGCGUGUUCCACACAUGCGUGUUCUCUUCAGCGAAGCGAGAAGGAGAUACAGGGUGGUGGAGGUCGGCUUGAUAUCCGGACCAUGGUGGAGAGCCUGCGCCACAACAUUACGUGCAGCGCGAUGGGCUUGGAGAGAUCCUUGCGUUUUACGAGCGAAGGGCAGUAGCAAAAGGUGCACGAGCUUGAGGCAUUUCGCGCGAUAUCUAUCAUCCAGCGGGGUCGACAACUCGCGAAAGUAUCUAAUGACCGUUUGCAGCGCUAGUUCCUGGUGUCCCAUGCUCGUCAAGGCCUGUACCAUCAUUUCGAGGAUGCGAACAGGCGUCCUGAUCUGCUGCUGCUUUGUCAUGUGCGGUAUCUGCUGCAGAAGGCAUUUGUAGCGGUCGGCGUCCAGGGCAGUAUGUCGCGCAGGAUCAUUAUCGGAACGCAUUGGCGUCUGAGUGGCAUCCCGUAGUGCCCCUCGCUUCGGCAUGUAAAAGAGCUCUAACCAUAAAGACAACAGGCCUCUGGAGGUAGGUGGCAGCGAGGCAAGAGCUUGAUACGCCUCGUCCCACUUGUUUGUUCGCACCAAGAGCCGCAGCACAAGCUUCCUCGUUUCUCCGUUCCAAGGAAUCGAUUCCCGCUCCAUUUGGUCAAGUAUUGCGCGGGCAGUUCCAAAAGCGGCUUGCCUGAUGGAGAGCCCAAGUAGGACAUUGCAUGAUUUCGUGGAGCGCAUGUCAGGGGGAAAAAAAGAAUGGUAGGCGAUGAGCGAUUGCAGUGUGGGCGGGGACUCCACUUUCUGGAGAAACGAUAGGAUGAGUUGGUGGAGUUGUGUACGUGACUGUGGUAUCGGAGCGUGGAAUGCUGGCAUCGUGCAAAAAGAACCCGAAGCGACUGUAGGUAGGGUCACUGACGCGUCAACCCAGGGCGGCUUGAGGUUCUGUGCAGGAGUUAUCACUGCCGUAGACCUUCCCGGGUCCGUUGCGGUGAAAUCACUGUCUCGUACGCUGUCAAUGUCGGCUGGUGCAACAGUUGUGCCCCCAUGCACUGCGCUCCGAACGCCGUGUGUAGCCGUCCGUCGCGUGAAACGGUCGGUACCGGGGCGAGACUGUCGUUGUGCGCUCAGCGGAGGUCCUGGCUUUCCCUUGGACGAGCCCCGAUGAAUGUCACCAGCGGGACGGGUAGCCGGAGCACGACUCUCCGGUCGGGAAGAACGUUGGCGAGAGGGACCUGCUCCAUCCGCAUCCGGAGGUAGGACUGACACGCCGCGAUGACGAUGAACCGGUCCACGGACGGGUGCAGCAUGAACACGUCUCAUCCACGCCCGGCCAGCGGCAAGUUGGAAGAUGUUUGCGAGCGAGACUGGUUUGCUCAGGUUCCGAGCGGCAUGAUGGAGCAUGCAUGGGCCUUGCUUGUCGGUUUUUUUUGUGGUAUUCGGCCACCAGCC